ACGAGAUGUUAACCAGUGAAAAGCCUCCUGCUCCGUUUUUGUCCGAUGUGGGGUUGAUCGUCGAAGACAGAGAUAUUGUUCAAACAGAAGUACGUUUACCUGUAGUGUUUUAUUAUUGUUUUCUGCAAAGCGACUGAAGCUUUCUGCGGAUUUCAUUUUUUUAUUUUAUGGUGUGUGUGUGUGUGCGAUGCGAACUCCUUGUCAGUCUAGUGGGCUCCACUCAAACGCACUCAGACGCAUUCUCACAAAGGGAAGCUGGAGCCGUCCCCGGUCCCCGUCUCUCGGGAGAGAGCCAGCUUGCGCAGUGUGCCAGAAUGGAUAGACGUGAGGUGGCGAGAACGUCUUGUCUGGGAAUUUUCAACUUAACAUGGUGGUGUAUUGCUUUAUGUAACUUGGAUGUGGAAUAGUCUGGAUUCUUUUGCAUCCCGCGUUGACAGCAUCAAAUCGUGGAGAAGACCCGUAUUGUUUUGACGCACUGACUGUAUGUAUAGUUGCACGUACUUUUGUAAAAUCAACUGAGCGCCAAAAAGAGAUAUGUUCCAUGGGCUUGUCCGUUUGACAUUCGGAUAUCACGGAUCUCACCGGUGUUCUGGCGGCAGCCGUUAGCAGGUGCGCGUCAAGAUCAGCGGCUGCGCGAGCUGCCGAGGUCCUGCAACAGAACCAAGCCGAACUGAUCUGAGCAGUGUGAGUGUGUCAUGCGGAGUCGUCUGCCGGCCGCGAGAAGCCUCUAAACCCCGUGGACAGGAGCUGAAAUAUCAGCGGACAUGGGUUCGGCCAUGCGGCGGCGCUGGUUCAUGGUGCCCCUGCUGCUGGUGCAGGCGUGGCUGUCGGCGUUGCCGUGCCUCGCGGAGCGCCCGUGUCCCAAGAGCUGCCGCUGCGACGGCAAGAUCGUCUACUGCGAGUCCAGCGCCUUCCGUGACGUGCCCAAGAACCUGUCAGGCGGCUGCCAGGGCCUGUCGCUGCGCUACAACAGCUUAGCCGGUCUGCGCGCCGGUCAGUUCGUGGGUCUCAACCAGCUCAUCUGGCUCUACCUGGACCACAACUACAUCGCCAGCGUGGACGCGCGCGCCUUCCAGGGCAUCCGGAGGCUGAAGGAGCUCAUCCUGAGCUCCAACAAGAUCACCAUGCUGCACAACACCACCUUCCACCCGGUCCCCAACCUGCGCAACCUGGACCUGUCCUACAACAAGCUCCAGGCUCUGCAGCCCGGUCAGUUCCAGGGCUUGCGGAAGCUGCUGAGCCUCCACAUGCGCUCCAACUCGCUGAAGAAUAUCCCCGUGCGUCUGUUCCAGGACUGCCGCAACCUGGAGUUCCUGGACCUGGGCUACAACCGCCUGCGCAGCAUCACGCGGAACGCCUUCUCGGGUCUGGUCAAGCUGACCGAGCUGCACCUGGAGCACAACCAGUUCUCCAAGAUCAACUUCUCGCUGUUCCCACGCCUCUACAACCUGCGCGCGCUUUACCUGCAGUGGAACCGCAUCCGCUCCAUGAACCAGGCGCUGACGUGGACCUGGACGUCUCUGCUGAAGAUGGACCUGUCCGGCAACGAGCUCCAGGAGAUCGACCCCGAGGUGUACCAGUGGAUGCCCUCUCUGCACACCCUCAACCUGGACUCCAACAAGCUGGUGAACGUGUCGGCCGAGGCCGUGGCCAACUGGGUGUCGGUCACCACCAUCAGCCUGGCGGGCAACAUGUGGGACUGCGGCGCCGCCGUCUGCCCCCUGGUGGCCUUUCUGAGGAACAUCAAGGGCGGCACCAAGGAGAUCACCAUGAUCUGCGCCUCGCCCAAGGAGCAGCAGGGCGAGAAGGUCAUGGAGGCCGUGGAGACCAACGGCGUCUGCAAGCUCACUCCGACCGCCAACGCACCCACCGACGCCCGAACCCCCGCCGAGACCGAGCCCCGACCCCACACGCCCCUCACCUCUGGCCAUGGGAGGAAAGCGGUCGAAGCAGGCACUCCCUGGGUGUUGGCCACCCCAUUCCCCCCGACCCAGUCGGCGGAGCCGCCUCCUCCCGACCAGGACCGGGAGCCCGUGUCCUUCCACAAGAUCGUGGCGGGCAGCGUGGCGCUCUUCCUGUCGGUGGCCAUGAUCCUGCUGGUCAUCUACGUGUCGUGGAAGCGCUACCCGAGCAGCGUCAAGCAGCUGCAGGAGAACUCGGCGUCGGCGCGGAAACGCCGGAAAAAGGCCCGCGAGACGGAGAGCACACUCAGCUCUCCACUGCAGGAGUACUAUGUGGACUACAAGCCCGCCGGACCCGAGGCCAGCGACGUGCUGGUCAACGGAACCGGACCCUGCGCCUACUCCGUCUCUGGCUCGCGCGAGUGUGAGGUCCCUCAUCAGAUGAGCACGCUGGCGUUCUAUCGGUACGAGCAGCCCAUUGUGGACUACUGUCAGGCCCACCAGCCCAUGCGUCUGCACGUGGGCUACGAGGGCCCCCCCCAGUGCGUCCCCCAGGGCAUGGAGCCCCUGGAGCAGCUGGGCGUGCCACCCUCCCACCCCACUGGCACGGCCACGCGCGACCGCAGUGCCAUCCAGACGGUGGCGCUGCCCGCCAUCCCGCCUGUGGGCACCCGGUCGCCCCCGCCCCCUCUCCGCUCCAACCCGGGCGCGGAGACCCCCAGCGUCCGCUACCCCCACCACCGAGCGCCAGACGUCCACCCUCACCUUCGGACGCUAGUGCGCCCUCGGGGGAGCCGGGACGCGAGGCCGACGAGCGGUGUGGAGCGGACGAGAGUGAGGUCCAGGGCCUUGCAGCUGGGGGCUACUACUUUCAGUAUGAUGAAAGACCACAGACGCGAUCGUGUCGCCUGAUGGGAUUAUCACAGACGGGGUUGAAUUGCAGAUUACGUGAUUCAUCAUCACAGCGAGUUCAUCACAGACCGGAUUAUCUCAAGCAGGAUUAUCUUGGAUGUGAUCGUCACAGACAAAAAAUAAAUAAAUUCCACCGGUGGGACGGAAUUAUCACAGACAGGACUCUGUCUCAGUCACUCGUCUCUUUGGCUGAGGAUUCCUCUUUUAUUAAGGGAGACCGCAGCCUCCAGCGAAAGAUUUCUUCAAACACACACACACACAUACACACACACACACUCUCACACACACAAAGGCCCCUGCAGGGCCGACUGACAGGAAAUGGCUUCAUCUGAGGGGAGUUUGGCCUGCACCUCUCACAGGCCAAUGGUGGCUCUCCAUCCUUCUGAUUUCAUUUGUCUUUCAUUCUUAACAAAAAAGGACACUCUCCCUCCCUCCCUCCCUCUCUCUCUCUCCCCGUGGAACCACAGGCAGGGACGUGACACAGCGAAAUGCGAUAUGAUGGCGCUUCAGAUGUUGCUGUGUUUAACAUGGUUGCCACGCCGACCCCGCAUCACAAUCGGCACCCCGGAAUGGCAACCACUCUGAGGGCUGGAUAAUGGAAUCUUACCCCCCUGCCGUGCGGAGAAUGAAACGAUGAGACGAAAUGCGCAAUAAACAAGGCUUCUGGUGAAAGGUCGGAACGAAACACUCAUAAGAGACUGACAGAGAGCAAGAGAGAGAGAGAGAGAGAGAGAGAGAGAAGGAGAGAGAGAGAGAGAGAAGGCAUUAGAGUGGUGGAGAGAAGUAAAUGAAUGUUUAGCUGAGCUCAAAGGCCUCUCGCUGCUGCACUCAUUCCAAAUGCAAGUCAGCACUCAUAAACAUUGUCAUUAUUUGAUUAAAAAGAGUGAUGUGAUCAGAGAUGAUUGGUUGUAAGACAGACUGAGGGUAAAAAAUAACAAGUCUUUUUUUUUUAUUUGUUUUUUAUUUUAAUCAUCAACUGUUUAAACUGAUGUCUCACUGCUCAGCCGAUGUACACGUGUACCAAAGAUCAAGCUGUUGUUUUAAAUGUACAUAAUGAUCUCUCGUCCUCUCUCUCUUUUUGAGUCCACUCUGCAUGGACAUUAUUUGUACACAGACUCACUUCUCUUUGUGACCACCCCAAAAUGCUCUGCGGACGCUCAACAGUCCAAUGAGAACCUCCGAUGUCCAGCAGAAGGGGAAUACAUGAGACCUUCACCAUCAACUCCUCUUGGACUCCUGUGCUUGCAUUGCGCUGGGCUCACCUUAUCUCUCCCUGCGUCUACAUAAUCAGAUAUUUGGUCAACAACGUCAUGAUUUUUGGAGAGAACCAUCUAUUUUCCCCUUGAGCUGUGUGUGUGUAUGUGUGUGUGUGAGGGUUUGAGAAUAUGGCCCUUCUCUCAUUCCCUACAGCCUACAUCGAGGGUCCUGCUGAACACGACUCCAAGGGAUUGGCCCCCAUUUUUAUCUUAUCUCGCUCCAAAACCCGACUCUCUCUCUCUCUCCCUCUCUCUGUCUCUCUCCACAACUCCUGAAGCAGACCGCAGCGGUCAGUCCGGUCCAUCUAAAAGAGAGGGACCACCAGACCAGUGAAAGGGGGGGUUAUUGCCUGGAUACCCAGAUCCUUGUCACCCGCUGUGCCUGCGUGUUUGGACCUAACACCAUGAAUGUGGACGUGGCACAAGGCCUUUGAAUGCUCUCCGUUUCUCGGCCAUCCGACGUCCUCAGAGGCCGGCCCAGUAACAUUCCCUUUUUUUCGUGAUUUCGUCCCCCCUCGUGGAUUCGCAUUACUUCUGGACCGCACACACACGGAGCCUACCCAGCAUCCUUUGCUGCUUCAGUGACUGGUCUGCCAGACACGCUGCAAAGCCUGACUGCGGGUUAGGCUACGGUGCGCUAAGGCAGAUGACUGACAGUCCAGCGGGCUCAGAUCUUCUCGCUCUCCGGAGAUGUUUGGAGGAAGGGGAGGAGGAGGAAGAAGCUGACAUUGUGUUUGCUGACUAACGCUGAGAUGACUCGAGCGAACGCGAGUUUGAUGUAUAUAGAGAGUAACGAGAGAGAGACUCUGAUCUCUCGGCUUCCUGUGAAACUCGCUGGUGUUUGUGAGCAACAGGAAGCCUGACUCUUAGGGAUGACCCCACCACCCCAACAGAGCUCAAUAUUUUUCUAUCUGCCCUCUGAUACCCCCCACCCCCCGCCCCCCACCUUCAGCUCACACAUCACAUUAGUUAAUACACCACACCCCCACCCCCUACCACACAUCACAUUAGUUAAUACCCCCACAUCCCCGCAUCUCACACAUCACAUUAGUUGAUACCCCCACAUCCUCACAGCUCACACAUCACAUUAGCUAAUACCCCCACAUCCCUGCCCCCCACCACUAGCCACUUAAGCCCACAACUGGCCUGAGGAAACAACUGGCCUGAGGAAAUCUCUCCUCCAAUCAGGGUAAAGUUUUCACCCUUUCUCUCCUCCCUCCUGUCUGACGUGCCCUUAUUUGGUGUUUUCCAAGUUGCUUGUCGUUUCAGUGAGCGUCCAGUGAGGCCUGCUGUACUGAUGCGUUGCGUCCAGUGAGGCCUGCUGUACUGGUGCGUUGGCUCUCUGUAGUGCACCUCACUAUGUUGUGAGGUUCAGCUAUUUGUUUGAUAUCUAUGACCAGCCCGGCCUCUCCUACUGAAAUAAAACUCUGUUCUGUUCCAUCAAAUGAGGUGAAACAGAUUACUCCACUGUUACAGAUUACUCCAGAUUACUCCACCGUUACAGAUUACUCCAGAUUACUCCACUGUUACAGAUUACUCCACUGUUACAGAUUACGCCAGAUUACUCCACUGUUACAGAUUACUCCACUGUUACAGAUCACUCCAGAUUACUCCACUGUUACAGAUUAGAAGAGCAUCUGGUAUUACAGAUUACUUACCAUAGUCCCAAAUGAAGCCCACUCACAUGUUACAGAUUACAUAUAUACAUAAAACACUAUUUCAGAUUACUUAAUAUUGUUCCAGAGAAUCUUAUUCACUGUUACAGUUACAGAUGACUUACCACAGUCCCAACAAAACCUCAUCGACUGCAGCAGAUUACUGUAGUCCCGUCAGAAUCUUAUUUACUGUCAUGGGCUACUUACUGUACUUGUAAGUCCAUAGUCCAAGCAGAUAUCAUCGAACACUGCAGAUUAUUUACCAUAGUCCAAGCAGACAUCACCAAAUGCUGCCGAUUACUUACCAUAGUCCAACCAAACAUCAUCAAACGCUGCAGAUUACUUACCAUAGUGCAAGCAGACGUCAUCAAACGCUGCAGAUUACUUACCAUAGUCCAACCAGACAUCAUCAAACGCUGCAGAUUACUUCUUGUUAUGCCAUCAGAAGUGUUUCCGGUGCUGCGUGCUGUGUUCACAACAGAGGUCUGUUCAUUGUGGAGGACUAUCAACUGAGGCCCCAACAGAAUCCAGUUUACUGUUUCAUGGGCAGCUCUUCGCUAAGAGGAACAAAUAAGUCAAAUAAAUAUGAAUAAUAAUAAUGAUAAUAAAAACAUAUGAUCAAAUAUUAUCAUCAUCAGAUACACAUGAGUCAGAUGUUGCCAGGACAACAUCAAAGAGUAAACGUGUGUAUUCUCUGCCACUCAGAACAGGCUACGGAAUUAGUGAGAGAGAGUGUGGGUCAGCGCCUACUUAAUCACUCUUGAUUACCAUAGUGG